UCAAACAUGCAAAUCAUGUUGUUUUCUUUCGGCGAUACCGAGCGAACAUGCGAUGUUCAUUCCAUCAAACGGCGAAAUAGAAAGAGAAUUGAAAAAUAUUCUGAAUUAUCGAUAAAUAAAUGUAUCAGUAUACUGUACGUUCAUAAACGAAAAUUGACAAAAGCAUAAAUGAAAUGUUCGUUUCGCAAACGCGACAGUAGCUACAUCGUUUUCAGAAAAAAGAGAGUCGAUAUUGUUGCGAUCGUGAACGAGGCUGAUUAAUGGCGCCAGCAUUGGGCCAUGUCCUCUUCCGGUCGAGCUGUCUUUUCCGAAAAUACAACCUGCAGAAAAAACGUCUAAGGGAACCAUUUGAUGGUGCACAGGGUGCACAGAAUGGAGGAGGAACCGCUUCAAGAGGAUAAAAAAUCCGAAACAUUGGUGGAGGGUAGAAUUAUGGAAUUAUCAUCGGAUGACGUAUGCGACGAACGAGCACGUGUUUCCGGUCAGGAAGAGUUCACAUGUUCACUCUACAUCUCGCGUGCUGUCAGCCCUCAAGGUCAAGCGCAAGGAACGCAAGGUGGAGAGUUAUUACAUUCCAAUCUCGAAGAGGUGAUCCGCGCGUCCGAUCCUUCAGCGGGAUGGCACGUGUCUGAAACUCCUUGCGGUCUGAUAGCGGCGUUUGCGCGAGAAACCGAUGCUGAAAAACUUUUACAACGGGGUGACCUAGCGCGAAUUUUUCAAGGACCCGUACAAGUGGCUCGAUUCUCGGCGAAGGAUUCUCGUUACAGACAAGCGGUUCUUCUACGCGAUGUACCAUGGGCAAUUCCUCUGCAGGACAUUAACUCGGCCCUGGCGAAGCAAGGAAUAGCGACAGGAAGCGUCGAACGCUGGCGACAGUACAUACGCGUCGAGGUACUCGAUGCAGGACACUACGAGCUAUUGUUGCGUCAAGGCUUGGACUUUUUCGGCGCAGCCCGAUUUACCGCGGUUCCGGAGCGCUGGUGGCGCGGCGGGACUGGAAAUGCCGCUGGACCGUUGCAAGCUGGCCCAGGAAUCGUAAAUAAUUUUCUCGAGGCAUCGAACUUCCAAACAGGAGACGGUGUACUACAAUGUUACCGGUGUCAGGGUUUCUGGCAUAUGGCCGCUAACUGCAGACACUUACCGCGUUGCGUUCGGUGCGGUGAACCGCACAGCGUUGAAUUUUGUCCCAGGCCACGAAACAAUCCUAUUUGUUGUCACUGUUCCGGACCGCAUCAUGCUGGCUACCGACAGUGCCCAGUUCGUCAACAACUUUUGAACGCUACGCCAAUUAGUAUCACUCUAAGCACCACCCGGAUUGGAAAUCAGUACCCGGUGAACGGAGCCUCUAAGACUAACGCCUCGUCGCACGAACAACAACCCUUGAAAUCGAGCCAGUCUUAGAGAAAUUAUUGUAUUCGCGUACAUUUCUAUCCUCG